AUGCCGGCGUGCGAAGGGCUGGCGUGCCGCCUUUCAAAGCCGCGGGGCGGGUUACGAAAGGCAGCAAAAGCAACAGUUAGAAAGGGCGUCAUCACGCAUACGCUCAACUUCGAACCAUUAAACUUUAGUCGGGGCGCUCUGGCCAAGGCGUGCGCCCCCGCGCAGAAUUUAUCUGCGGAGAAAGCGGGCUUAAGCCCGGCCUCCCCGCAGCCGAUCCUAAGCAAGACGGUGGCGGGCGGCUCCGGCGCGAGCAAGCGAGCAAGCGGCCUGCCUUCCGCGGGCGCGCGGUUCUGGCUGGCGACGCGGAGGCGGCCAGACGAGGGCCGCCGGCGCAACUCUCCGCGCGGGCGCGCUGCGGCGGCGGGUCGGCAGGUGGCAUGCGCGGCCUCUCCCGCGCCCGAGGGGCUCCAGCGGGACGGGACGGGACGGGCCAGGCCGGCCCUUCCGCGCUUUUGCUCCAGCUGGCUAGCUGCGUGGCUUCCGCGGCGGCGGCCGCCGGGCCGGGCAGGGCCGGGCCGGGAAGGGAGCGGCCCGCGGCGGGACCCGCGCGCCUUUACGCGCCAGCCGGGAGCCCCGCCCAGCGGCGGGACCGAGCGCGGCCGCCAGCGCGGGGCAGGAUUGCCGCGCCCCGCGGAGCAGGCAGCGCCAGCGCCAGCGCCGGAGGAGUCGAGCGGCGGCAGCGACGGGGAGCCCGCCCGGCGGAGGGCGAUGCUCCUGCCCCGGGCGCUCCAGGCGCCCGGCAACCACCCGCACCAGCACCCGCCGCACCGGAUCACCAACUUUUUCAUCGACAACAUCUUGCGGCCGGAGUUCGGGCGGCGGAAGGACGACGGCACCUGCGGGGCCGGCAGCGGCGUCGCCGCGGACCAGCAGCCGACUCAGCAGCAGCAGCAGCAGCAGCAGCAGCAGCUUCUCGGCGCCCGGAGCCCCUCGGCGGCGCCGACCUCUGGCUCGCUGGCCGAAGGCGGCGGCGGCGGCUCCAAAGCGCUGGCCCCGGCCAAGAAGGGAGGCGACGCGGGCGAGCUCGACGGAGCCCUGAAGCCCCGCGGCGGGGGCGGCGGCAGCGGCGGCGGCGAUCUGUCGCUCAGCUCGGAUUCGGACAGCUCCCAGGCCAGCUCGUUCCCCAGCGGGCAGCCCAUGCUGUGGCCCGCCUGGGUGUACUGCACCCGCUACUCGGACAGGCCUUCGUCAGGCCCCCGAUCCCGGAAACCAAAGAAGAAGAACCCCAACAAGGAGGACAAGCGGCCCCGCACCGCCUUCACCGCAGAGCAGCUGCAGAGACUCAAGGCCGAGUUCCAGACGAACAGAUACUUGACGGAGCAGAGGCGGCAGAGCCUGGCGCAGGAGCUCAGCCUCAACGAGUCUCAGAUCAAGAUCUGGUUUCAGAACAAGCGGGCCAAAAUCAAGAAGGCCACCGGCAACAAGAACUCCCUGGCGGUGCACCUCAUGGCGCAAGGACUGUACAACCACUCCACGGCCUCGAAAGACGGCAAGUCCGACAGCGAGUAG